AUGUUCCGGAUGCGGAAGGAAAGAGAGUCGCAGUCUUCACAAAACUCGGCGUCUUCCUCCCCACCGAGAAGCAGUAAUAAUACGAACGACAAGUGCAAUUAUAAUUCAGUCGGGUGCGCGGCGUUAGUCUUAGACGCGCCGACGAGGAAACCAUCGAAAGCGUUGAAAAACUCGGGGUUUCCGAGAACCCAUUUUAAGUGUCCAGAUGGGAGAUACGCGCUUGGGAAACAAUAUUUAGUCGUUCCGGAGAUGACUUCAAACUCUGCGAGAAAAGAACAACAAACACAACUUAGGACGAAAGGGUUGGAGGAUUUCACGACGAGGAUGCAUAAUAGUAAAAAUGGCGAUCCGAACGCGUCGAUUUUGUGUACACAUUUUUACGACCACGCGCACCGAAUGACGAUGAAACUUUUGUUCGUGGCGAAGGGCGAGAGCGUGGCUAUGUUUGAUUAUAACGCGCCGAGUAAAGACGGGUGCGUGAAGAUUUUGAAAAUCGAUCGCGCGCCGAACGAACAACGGAGCAGUAGGAGUAGCUCGAGUUAUUUUUAUAGUCCAACCGGCGGCGGCGGCGGGUCGCAACAUUCGAACAGCACGAAAAGCGUCAACGGAGUGGACGAGGACGGGAGAGAAACGAUCACGUGCAUGACUUGGACCGGGGAGCGCGUGAAUGAUUGGAAGUUUGCCGACGUGCAACAAGGUGGAAAUAACAAACCAACGAAUAAUACUAAUGAUAAUAAUAAUAAUAAUAACAACAACAAUAACAGCAGUAAAAAUGCAUCAACGAUAGUAAAUGCGAAAGAUGAAUACGUCCCGGAUAUGUUCAUCGGUUUGAGCUCGGGCGCGAUGUUAGCGGUGAAACUUCGAAAGUCGUUCUCGGAUAAAAGAGCAAACACUACGAAGCGACUUUUACACAAAAUGCGCUACCAGACGCAAACGAAAGAUAAAAUAUCGUCGUCGGGAAGUGUGCACAGAACGACGUGCAUGAAAGUAUCUCCGGACGGGAAGAUUGUUGUUUCUUUACACGCGAGCGGCGACAUGUAUCUCUACGAUAGAAGUUUGAUGGGAUUCGAGUCCUCGCAACCGAGCACGACGGCAAAUUUAGGGCACUCAAUAGCAGAAGUGACACAAUUUGCGCCGAUAUUGUACCCCGAAGAUUCAAGGUUGGAUGUCGCGACGUCUUCAACGACAACGAAUCCGCGUUCUCGAUGGCACUUUGGCGCCGCGCCGUUGGAAUCGUGCGCGUUUUCUGAGUCUGGAAAGAAAUUGUGCGUUUGUAGCAGAGAUGGCGUCGUACGCGUCAUCGAUAUCGCGAGAGCCUGGAGAGAAACCAAUAAUAAUAGCAGCAACAGCAGCAAUAGCAGCAACACCGACAGCAAUAAAAAUAUUUUUACUGUUGCGAGAUUUAUCGAUACCGGGUUCAGGAGUUAUUUCGGCGCGAUAUUCGCCGCAGCGUUUAGCCCUUGCGGUAGGUUCAUCGCGGCCGGUGGCGAAGCCGCUAUCGUCGAAAUGUUUGAUUGUAAACACAAGUGUGUGGUUACUUACGGUGGCGCUGGUCAUCAAAGCUGGGUCUCCGACAUAUGCUUCGAUGUGCACAUGGCUACGAACGAUAAGAAUAGUAUGAACGCUGCGUCGUCCUCCUCCUCCUUGGCCAUGCAACACAACGCAGAUAAUAAUCACGCAGAAGACGACGAUUCGGAUUCAGAUACAAAUGUAGGCAACGACGUCGAGCCGGGAACGUUGCGCGUUGUUUCUGUCGGAGCGGAUUGUCAAAUGUGCGUCUGGGAUUUUCUCACGGAAGCAUUUAUCGACGAAGACGACGAAGGAUACAACGAAGAAGAAGAAGAAGAUGAAGAAGAAGAAAAAGAAGACUCUGGUUCAGACGGCGACACCAUGAUGCACGACGAUGGAGAUUAUAGCGAGCGACAUCCGCAUCACAGACGUCAACGUUCGAGGAGUGUCGCGAUCGGGGGAGGAAACAUCUCGCGCGAACUUAAUUUUGUCGGUGAGGACGACGACAGUUUUCCGACGACGACGAAGAAGAAGAAGAAGAAAAGAGACGACCUCUCCGUCGAGGCGGACGUAAUCGUCGAAUCGAUGAAACGCAACGAAACGACGAGACUGUUACCCGUCAUGGUGCAUAAAUUUCACGAUCGACCAAUCGCAACGGUACAAACGAACGAGCACGGAAUUUUAACGUCUUGCGAUUCCGGAAAAGUGAAACUAUGGUCCAGACCUAUAACCAAGGAGCGUUACUUGACGUUUGUCCAAGAAGUAGACGAGGAAGGCGAGGGCUGA